ACUUUAAAUUCUGCGAUCGGUUCCGUUUUCAUGUGUGUCCUUCGGAUUUUCGGGGGUCACGGCGGUUCCGGAGGCUGCGGAUCGGAAACAAGAUGAGCUCCCAGAGAUAGUUGAGCGACAAGGAGACACCGCAACCUCGGCAGAUCGGGACGGAGCCGACGGAACAUUGAACGCGGACGGCGCCGACUCGUCUGCGCCAUUGUCGAGGUUUGCGGGAAGAUGAGGAGCCGCAGGAAUUCCGGAGUGCGCCUCGACUACUAUCAGCGCCUGGUGUGUCGAACGAUAUUGGACUUUCAGGACCCUGUGAGCGGGCUGAUACCGAGCCAGAAGCAGGGAGAUCAUGCCUGGGUGCGAGAUAAUGUCUACUCCAUUCUUGCCGUCUGGGCCCUCUCGAUGGCCUACAAGAAAAAUGCUGACUUGGACGAAGACAGGGCUAAGACGUAUGAACUUGAACAGGCGUGUGUGAAGAUGAUGCGAGGCCUGUUGACGGCCAUGAUGCGCCAAAAGGGCAAGGUGGAGAAGUUCAAGAUGACACAGAGCCCCACCGAUUCGCUGCAUGCCAAGUACAGCUCGGAGACUUUGGGCUCGGUGGUGGGAGACGGGGAGUGGGGACACCUGCAGCUGGAUGCCACCUCCCUCUACCUCCUCGUGCUGGCUCAGAUGACGGCAUCUGGGCUGCAGAUAGUAUUUAAUCUAGAUGAAGUUGCCUUCAUCCAGAAUUUGGUAUUUUAUAUUGAAACAACUUACUGCAUACCUGACUAUGGAAUUUGGGAACGUGGUGACAAGACAAAUCACGGCUUGCCUGAACUCAAUUCAAGCUCAAUAGGAAUGGCAAAGGCAGCCCUUCAAGCGUUAGACGACCUGGAUUUGUUUGGAGGCAAGGGAGGCCCCUUUUCAGUGAUUCAUGUCUUAGCUGAUGAGGCCCAAAAAUGCAAUGCAGUGCUACAGUCAAUGCUUCCAAGAGAGUCGAAUUCAAAGGAAGUAGAUGCAGCACUGUUGUCGGUCAUUGGCUACCCUGCCUUUGCAGUGGAUGACCUGGACCUCAUAACAUUAACCCGGGAAAGCAUCCUGCAGAAACUCAGGGGCAAAUAUGGUUGCAAACGGUUCUUGAGGGACGGCUACAAGACAGCAAAAGAGGAUCCGACAAGGCUUUACUAUGAAUCUUGGGAACUGCAACAUUUUGAGAACAUUGAAUGUGAAUGGCCUCUCUUCUUCUGUUACCUAGUCAUUGAUGCUUGCUUCAGAGGAGAACGGCUCGAGGUGGAGGAGUACUCGGAUGCCCUGGAGCAGCUGUUGCUUCGUACAGAAGACGGGCUCAAGCUCGUGCCUGAAAUGUAUGCCGUUCCGCCCGACAAGGUUGAAGCAGAGUACAAGGCCCCCCACAGCCAGCAGCGCGUUCAUGUCGGCAUGACGCCUUUCAUGUGGGCACAGUCCCUCUUCAUAAUCGGCCGGCUCUUGCAAGAGGGUUUCAUUGUCCCUGGAGAAUUGGAUCCACUAAACCGAAGAUUAGCAUCAGAGAAAAAGCCCGACGUGGUGGUCCAAGUUGUGGUGCUUGCUGAAGAUCAUAUCAUCCAAGAAAAGUUGAUGCACCACGAAAUAUUUGUGCAAACGAUCCAAGAUGUCCCGGAUUUUGAGGUCCUGCCUGCCAGAGUUCUGGGGCACAUUUACACAUACUUAGGCCGCAGCUCCAAGUUGAAUCUCAGUGGACGUCAGUCGAGAGACGUGGGCAUCCUUAGCACAAGCAAGAUGUACUUGUUCAAGGAUUCCCUGCUAGUCUUCACUCCGCAGUUUGCAGACCAGCACCGGUUUUACCUGGCUUCAGACACUGACCUGCUGGUUGACACUUUUAAGACGGAGGUGGCCUACCUGAAGUCUGCGUGGCGCAUGCUGGGGAGGCCAACUGUGAUUCUGCCCGUUUCUCAGGACUUAUUACAGAAUGGGAAAAUUCCGGGAGAAAUUAUUGCCACCAUAAAGAAGCUAAAGAGCGGGUAUACAACAGGAACGAGGAUAUUACUUGGGACUUUGGAUGAGUUUGUCAGUACCUCCUCCGUUGCUAGCUUGAGCUUCAUUGGAAACAUUGAGGAAGGUCAUCCAGAACGUGUACCUGCGGAAUUGAGAGAUUACCUGAACAAGGAAUUCAGCAGGAAGGACCUGCGAAGAGAUUCCAUCUUUCUGAGGAGGCAGUCCAUCUGCCCCAAGAGCCCGGCUGUCCACGGCACCAGCCACAGGAAACUCGGUGUCUCGGGUGUCGUGAGACGCUCGCGCUCGAUUUACGCCGACAACUUCUUCUCUUUUGAGCAGCCGGCCCUCCCAAAGGACACGCUGCCCUCGUUGCAAGAGGGCCAGAGCCAAGGGUACGGAGACAGCCCGUCCCCAGCCUACGACAGCGACGAGGAAGAGCUGUGCGAGGUGGUGGAUGUGCCGGGCAAGAGCAGCCUGGGCCUCUCGGACCUCCAGCUGGGAAACAUCUCGGAGAAGGAGCUGGUGGACCUGCUCGAGGAGAGCGACUCCCUCGAAGAGCACGGGGACAUCCUCCACUGCCUCGUGCUCAACAAGGGCCUGAAGUGGGACACAGAGUUGGGUGACGGUGGUCAAGUGAUUACGGUGAGGCAUCUCCUGAAGGAGCUCUACGAAAAGGCGUACAAGGAACGCAAGUGGGGUCUCGUCAGGCACGUUGCAGGUCUGCUGGGCAAGAAGGUAGAAGAUCUGGCAAAGGCUGUGACAGAUCUUCUGGUGAGGCAGAAACAAGUGACAGUAGGCAUGCCUCCCAUGAAUGAAUAUACUAUCACAAGACCCCAGCCUGCUAAGCAACUGCGCAUUAUCAUUUAUAAAACCUAUGGAGGGGAUAAGAGUGCAGUUAUGCUGACCCAAGAACUGCUUGUGUACUUGUCAAUGUUCAUCCGAACAGAACCAGAGCUCUUUCAAGAGAUGCUGAGACUCCGCGUUGGCCUCAUCAUCCAAGUGAUGGUCUCUGAACUUAGUCGCUCCAUCAAGUGUUCAGCAAACGAAGCGUCCGAAUAUCUUCUCAACAUGCGUCCCUACGAGAUGAAGAUGCUUUUACGACAAAUACUCAGUGGAAAAGAAUUUGUGAUCUGUCACACUUGUGAAGGUGUUGCAAUUCAAGGCAGUGCAAUGAGCAAGCAAGCGCAGCAGCACACAAUGAGGCGUGACAUCACGUCUACAAAGAAGUCGGACGACUCUUUUGACCGUCAAGGACAGUGGAUACGAAGGCGUAGGUUGGACGGAGCGCUGAAUAGGGUCCCCAUGGGGUUCUACCCCAAAGUCUGGAAGCUGCUUGAAAGGUGUGUGGGACUGUCCAUCGAAGGCAAAGUACUUUCACAGCAUCUCACGCGAGAGAUGACUUCCGGAGAACUCAAAUUUGCCCUGGAAGUUGAGCAUGUGCUCAACAGUAUACCCCAACCCGAGUUUCGACAGCUAAAUGUCGAAGCCAUGAUGGUUCUAACACUUCUUGCAGAACACAAUGUUGUCACGUUUAUCAACAAAGUUAUCAAUGUGGACGAGCUCGUCCGCUCUGCCUACAAGAUGUUUCUGGAGGAUCAGAAACGCUGCAAAGGUGAUUCUACGCUGUGCUGUGCCAAUGAUGGCAACACCCCGAGCAAGACCAACUGCAAUAAGGUAGCCAACAUAUGCGAGCACUUCUACGACUCUGCUCCGAGUGGCUGCUAUGGAACAAUGACCUACUUGAUCAAAGCUGUGGCGCAGAAUGUGGAAGACCUGCCCAACACCAGUCUCGACUGCACUAUCAGCUAAAGACAAGAAUUGCCGAAUCAUACCCCUCCAUCCAGUUGAGAACCUACUCUGUCAGAUGUUGGCUCCUAUCUAGUUUUAUGUACUUCUCUUAAAGGGAUCCUUCAACGAAAUUUGAAAUAUACCCGUCGUGUUCAAAAAUAGAUUGAAUAUGAUCUGCAAUAUCCGUAAA